CCGGUGGGCGGCGGGGGCGCGCCGGGGGCGUCCCCGCGGGCCGGAGGGCUGCGCUGCCCUCCUUGCCAAGAUGCCGGAGGAGAACAUCUUUCUCUUCGUGCCCAACCUCAUCGGCUACGCCCGGAUCGUCUUCGCCCUGGUGGCCUUCUAUUUCAUGCCCUGCUGUCCACUCACGGCCUCCUCCUUCUACCUGCUCAGUGGACUCCUGGACGCCUUCGAUGGACACGCCGCCCGAGCCCUUGACCAAGGGACACGAUUUGGGGCGAUGCUGGACAUGCUGACCGACCGUUGUGCCACUAUGUGUCUGCUGGUGAACCUGGCGCUGCUCUACCCCCGGGCAACCCUGCUUUUCCAGCUCAGCAUGAGCCUGGAUGUCGCCAGCCACUGGCUGCACCUGCACAGCUCUGUGGUCCGGGGCAGCGGCAGCCACAAGACCAUCGAUCUGACAGGAAAUCCGGUGCUGCGGCUCUACUACACCUCCCGGCCUGUGUUGUUUCUCAUGUGCGCUGGGAAUGAACUCUUCUACUGUCUGCUCUACCUACUCAAUUUCUCCGAGGGACCAACAGUGGGCCUGGGAUCAGUUGGCCUGUUCCGGGUGGGAGUGUGGCUUUCCGCGCCCAUCACCUUCCUCAAGUCCCUCAUCAGCGUUGUCCACCUGGUGACUGCUUCCCGCAACAUGGCCGCCCUGGAUGCCGCAGACCGGGCCAAGAGGAAGUAGUCCCGCGAUCCCCGCCGGAGCCCCUCUCCUGCCUCCGAGACCCCUCGGUCCCAUUCGGGCUCUUCACUGGAGUGGACUGCACAGCCCCAGUCCCUGGCGGCAGCUAGGAUGCCCUCACACCCCACCACGGUGCACUCACGUCUCACCUCGUAUGUCAUGUUCCCACCGCGGCUGCGGCCACACUCUCACCCGAAAGAUCACACCUGCCCAGGGGGAUCACACCCUUGGUCGUCACGUUUGCCAUCCUAGUUCCGUGGCUCUCGAGGAGGAGGAAGAGGAAGUCCUCUCUCUGGAUGUAGCCAUGUUCUGAAUAAUGAUGUCACACUAAAGGCAAUGGGAUCAUGACCUCUGCCCUGCCUGGGAAGGGGGUGGGCACCCAGGGCAGGACUCUGGGCCCAGGAGGAGGGAGAGAGGGAUGGGGGCCUUCAGGGCACUGAACUGGGAAGUGCCAUCACAGUUGCGGCGUAUGAAGAACCAGCACAGCCUGGCAGGAACAGAGUGGAGGCCGGGACUCCACCAGGGGUAGAAGGCACAAGCGACAUUCCUCCUUUUAAUCCUGGCCUGGAUCGCCGCCGCUGAUGUGGGAAUGAGGAAGCUUCAGCUGCUCGGUCUGGAAGGGAAAGGGAUAAUUCCCAUCCUCUGUCUUACUGUAUCUGUGUCUCAUGUCUAUCCUGGGCCCAAGGCCUUGAAAAUAAAGGCGGAAAAAGCUUCAAAAUG